AUGUGGGGACUGUUUGUUUACGAUUCCAAUCAAAUUCCCAGCCAUGGAUAUCAGAAUAACCUGAAGAGGACCAACGGAGACCACCACCACUGACUGAUCACCGACUCCGUUUCUUCUCUCUACUCUCCUCCUUCCUUCAAUGGCCGCGAUCAUUAACUCCAAUUCCUUUAUCUUAACCACUACCCCAAACACCCGCCGAAGCUUCAAGAGUCACCGGAGGCAGGUUGCCGUCUUUGCCAAAAACUCUGGAUCAUUCUCUUCCUUUCGCUUGGGGAAAUCUAGCAAUGAAUCGCCGUCUUCUGAUGACGCUCCGGUUGAAGAUUCUGGUAAUUCAAAUCCGUUUCGUUUUUCUUUUGGAAAGGUACCGGAUGUGAAGUCUUUGAUUCCAGUGGUUAGUGAGCCUUCCUCCGGUUUGUCGUUCGGGAGUUCGAGGCGGAAGGAUUCCAAUACGGUGUUUGUUGCCGGUGCUACUGGUCAGGCUGGGAUUCGGUUAGCGCAGACUCUGUUGCGAGAAGGUUUUAGUGUUCGUGCUGGUGUGCCGGAGCUUGGUGCUGCGCAAGAAUUGGCCCGUCUUGCUGCUAAGUAUAAGGUCAUCUCGAAUGAAGAAUCAAAGCGGCUCAACGCCGUCGAAUCCUCCUUUCAAGACGCAGAAGCGAUUGCCAAGGCGAUCGGAAACGCCAGUAAAGUAGUUGUCACUAUUGGUGUCGGGGAGAACGGUCCGACCUCUGAAGUUACCACAUCAGACGCAUUGCAAGUAAUUCAGGCAGCGCAGCUCGCCGGAGUAAGCCAUGUGGCAGUCGUAUACGACGGCAAUGCAUCAAGCUCCUCCACUUACAAUGUACUCGACGGCCUUUCAUCGUUCUUCAACAAUCUUUUCUCCCGAUCUCAGCCAUUGUCCGUGGUGGAGCUCUUGCAGAAAAUAGUUGAAACCGACAUCGGCUAUACGUUCAUCAAAACGAAUUUGGUCGAAGACUUUGCACCUGAGCGUGCGUAUAAUGUCGUCGUCCAAGCUGAAGGAAGCGCUAGUUCAAACGACUACAAAGUGGCGCAGUCACAAAUAGCUUCGUUGGUGGCCGGAGUUUUCUCGAACACGGCGGUGGCCGAGAACAAGGUCGUGGAAGUGUAUUCAAGUCCAUCUGCACCCUCAAGUUCUGUGGAUCAACUUUUCAGUGUCAUUCCCACGGAUGGUAGAAGACAAGCAUAUGCAGAAGCAAAAGCAAAAGCAAAAGCAGAGGAAGAGGCCAUAAGAAUUGCUGAAAAUGCUCGUGAAGAGGCCGAAGCCACAAAGAAACAAGAAGUAGAAGCUGCUAAAUCCAAACGACUCUCAGAAAAGGCAGCCACCCAACCAUCAUCAUCAUCAUCAUCUUCUUCUUCUUCUUCUUCUCCUCCCGCCGAAGAAUCAGAUCAAAUCGCUUUCUUUAAUUCCUUCUUGAACAAAGCCAAGGACUUCAGUUCAGAACAAUCCCAAAAGCUCAAAAAGCUGUCAGAAAAGGAACCUCAGGAAACCGAAGAAGAAAGCCCCGACACUGCAGGCAAUUUAGUGAACAACUUUUUCAAUAAAGCGAAGGGGUUUGGCUCGGCACAGCCAUGGGAAAAGCUAUCUUUUCAACUACAAAAACCAUCUGAGGAAUCAAAUGCUCAGAUAGCCACAGUUAGAGGACAAGCCAAAGCUCGAGCAUUGCCACCAAAGAAAGCAUCGAUAAGACAAACACAAAAGACCAAUUCAAAGCCUUCAUUUGGUUUGAAGCAGAAAGAAAAUUCAAAGCCUAAAGCAGCAGCAACAGCAGCAGCAGCAGCCAAAGAGGAGACAAAAGCAGAGGUAAGGAAAGUUUUUGGUGGUCUCUUUAAGCAAGAAACCAUAUAUGUUGAUGAUGAAUGAUUAGGAAGAAAUAUAAUCGUUUCCUUUAACAUUUUAUGGCAAUGUGGGUGCUGAUAUAACUCUUUGAAGAAGCGUAUUUUAAUUUGUGUAUUUAAAUUGUAAUCUAUGUAUGUAAUCUGUGUGUUAUGGGGGUUGGUUGUUUACUUGGUUUUACAAGUUUCUGCGAAGAAUAAGUGAGCUUUUUGAUAAUUAUUUUUUUUGCAGUUAGAGAAGCAAAUUGUCCAACUCUAAUUCAUUAAAUAUUGUUUUUGCUUUAUGGCAUCUUUU